UGUCCAUUCCUACCCCACCCUUCAUUUUGCAGUGCUACGGACCGACCAUGGGUGACUGGAGCUUUCUGGGUAAUAUUUUAGAGGAAGUUAACGAGCACUCUACGGUGAUCGGCCGGGUGUGGCUCACGGUGCUCUUCAUCUUCCGUAUCCUCAUCCUGGGCACGGCGGCGGAGUUUGUGUGGGGUGAUGAGCAGUCUGACUAUGUCUGCAACACACAGCAGCCCGGAUGUGAGAACGUGUGCUACGACGAGGCCUUCCCCAUCUCCCACAUCCGCCUGUGGGUGCUGCAGAUCAUCUUUGUGUCCACACCGUCUCUGGUGUACGUGGGUCAUGCUGUGCACCAUGUCCACAUGGAGGAGAAACGCAAGGAGCGCGAGGAGGCAGAACUCAGCCGGCAGCAGGAGCUGAGCGAGGAGCGUCUCCCUUUGGCACCCGACCAGGGCAGUGUCCGCACCACUAAGGAGACCAGCACAAAGGGAAGCAAGAAGUUCAGGCUGGAAGGCACCCUGCUGAGGACCUACAUCUGCCACAUCAUCUUCAAGACACUGUUUGAAGUGGGAUUCGUGGUGGGCCAGUACUUCCUGUAUGGCUUCCGCAUUCUGCCACUGUACAAAUGCAGCCGCUGGCCCUGCCCCAACACGGUGGACUGCUUUGUGUCUCGCCCCACGGAGAAGACUGUCUUCAUCAUCUUCAUGUUGGCUGUGGCCUGUGUCUCUCUCUUCCUCAACUUUGUGGAGAUCAGUCACCUGGGCCUGAAGAAGAUUCGCUUUGUCUUUCGCAAGCCAGCUCCAGCCCCGGCCCAAGGCGAGGGCUCGGCUCCCCUGCCCCCACAGGUUAAGAGCCUGCCGUCGCUGGCUGUGCCCUCCCUGCAGAGAUCGAAAGGUUACAGGCUGCUGGAGGAGGAGAAAGCUCCCCCUAUAACUCACCUCUAUCCAUUGGCGGAGGUGGGCAUGGAGGCUGGAAGAGGGGCUGCACCCUACCAGGGGCUCGAGGAGAAGGCGGAGGAGGUGCUGCCCAUGGAGGACAUCUCUAAGGUGUAUGACGAGACUCUUCCCUCCUACGCCCAGACCACUGAGACAGGGGGGGUGACAUUACAUGAGGAGGAGGAGGUCGAGGAGGUGCAGCCAGCGGAGGUGGAAGCAGAGAAGGUGGAGGGUGCUGUGGAAGAGGAUGUGGAGGUAGAAGAGGCAGUGAACGGGGAGGGGGUGACCCCAGUGGAGCCAGGGAUGGAGGCCACGGAUACGAUAGAAGACACUAGACCGCUGAGCCGACUGAGCAAAGCCAGCAGCAGGGCCAGCUUAGGCACUGACUUUCAAUCCCACUCAGACAGCAACAUACUGCAAAUGCAGCAUGUGGCUGCACAUGGUGCGGGUGGUAUGAAGGAUUUUCCUAAAUAUCUGAGUAUCAGUUGGACCUUUGCUCUGAUAUGCUGCAUGUUCCCAAUUUUCUCACCAGCAGGUGGAAAGACCAUAUCAGCUAUGGUGGGCAGCAGAGUGGUCCUGCACUGUGGUAACAAGUCAAAUAUCACAUUCUCUCAGCUGACAUGGAAAAUGAAUGGACUGACUUUCUUGAGCUUGAUCCCACAGAAAUCAUUUUACAUCGAUCCAAAAGCUCAGAACCUCACUAUGAAUAUUUCUGAGUCAAAGAGUCAAAUGUAUGCAUUGAUCAUAGAGAAAGCCCAGAUGUUUCAUACAGGAAACUACACCUGUGAGAUCAACACGGAUGCAGGACCAUGGGAACAUAAGUCUGAGCUGAUAAUUACAGAGUUUCCCCUCAAUUCGGAAGGUGAAAAUUGGAAUAAACUAGUAAUUGCUGCAGCCGUGGGUGUUUCCUGUGUGUGCUGCCUGGUCUUUAUAAUUGCUUUGACCGUCCUUCAAAGAUCCUGCAGACAUUGUGCAGGAACUAGCAUUCAUUCUCCCACUGCAGAAAUGCAGGAGCAAACAGAAGAGAUCUAUGAAAACUGCCUGGCACUCGAUGUUAAUCAACAACACGGCUAUAAUGAACCGCACUGCCACUAUAUCAGGGCUCGCUGAUAUGAAGUGUAGUCCAAAAACACAAAAGUGGUGGGGACUGAAAAAGGAAACAAGUAUAGCAAGUAGGCAAAUGUGUUUGUGAAACUGCUCUCAAUAUUUCACGGCAGUAACCAUCUUUUCCAAAGUAGAACCACAUGUUAAAAAACAGUUUGUUCACAUCCGUUUUUUUAUAAGUGUAUGUAUAAUUCUUAAACUGUAUAUAAAUGUGCUCAAUAAAUGUGGUGUCUUUAA